AUGGCGCGGUGGUCGUCUCCCAAGGACCCGCCGCUGGAGGCGGCCCUCCGCCGCAACCGGCGCUGGAUCGUAAACAACCAGAUCAAGCGCCUCCUCCUCCGCUUCCCGUCCCGCUCCGCCCCAGUCCGCCUCCUCCAGUCCCGCUUCAAGACGCUCGACCUCCUCGGCCGCGCCGCCAACUGGCUCCGCAAGUACCCAUCCUGCUUCGACAUCUUCACCGGCGACGGCCCGUCCGGGAGCGGCGGGGAGCUCUGCUUCGGCUUCACCAAGCGGAUGGCCGAGCUCGUCGACGCCGAGGAGGCCGCCGUCGCCGCGUCUGAGCCAGCCAUGGCCGACCGGCUCGCGCGGGUGCUCAUGCUCGCCCGCGGGCGCCGCCUCCAGGUCUCCAAGCUCGCCGCGCUGCGCGGACCGCUUGGCCUCCCCGACGACUACCUCCUCCGCGUCCUGCCGGCCCACACCGACCUCUUCCGCCUCGCCAACCCGUACCCUCACCGCCGCAACGCCGCCGAGCUGGAUCUGCUCCGGUGGGUUCCCUCCCUCGCCAUCUCCUCCAUCGAGGCCGCUGCCUCCAAGAGAAACUCCCUCCCGAGGUUCACCUGCUCGUUGCCGUCCUCUUGGGUCAAGUCCCACGAAAAGAUGGAGGAUUUCAACUCCACGCCUUACAUUUCGCCCUACUCGGAGGACUGGGCGGUGCCCAGCACGGACGCGGAGGCCGAGAAGCGCGCCGUCGCGGUGGUUCAUGAGUUCCUUUCGCUCACCAUGUGGAGAAAGAUUUCGGUUAUGAAGCUUGAGCACUUCAGGUGGGAGUUCGGGCUGCCGGAGGACAUUGGUAGGCUGCUGCUCCGGCAUCCAUGCCUCUUCUAUGUGUCGAAUCGAUACAAACUCCACACGGUGGUGCUUCGUGAGGGUUACGACGUGUCCGAGCUGAGGGUGAAGGAUCCAGUGGUGGCGGCAAAGGAUAGGCUCGGGGAGCUCAUGCAGGAGGGGCUGCACGAGUAUAACCAGCGGCGACGUGCUGCAAAUUUGGAGAAUAAGAGGAGGAGAGGCGAUGUUGAUGUAAAGAAGGAGGAAGAGGAGCCAGAGGAUGAGGCAGCACGGUUGGACAGUGCGGAGAAGAGGGAGGAGAGGAGGAGAUUUUACAAGGUGCUGUUUGGUGAUGACAACCGGUGA